GGACACGCAGUCGUUGGUUGAUAUUCAAACGGAACGGUUUGUUCGCGAGUGCUCUACAUGUCUGGCCUACAGUUGCUCUAGCCAUAAGAUCUUUUCAUUCUCACCUUAUGCAUCAGUUGUGCCUCUAACAGAGAUCCAACAGACAAAACAGAAGAAGUUUUUUUAUUGUGAAGAUGUUCAGUGCCAUAAUCAUCUCAAAAGGGAGACAGUGAAGAGAGAAAUUUAUGUGUUUACAUAGUGAAAGGAGAAGUUCAACCCAAGGAAUUUACUGCAGUGUGUGAUCAGGAGAAAAAAAAUUACGGAAUAUUUUUUGAUAGAAAAUUUCCACACUUAUAAACUUUACUUUCGCGUCCAGUGUGAAAGAUGAAACUAUAAGCUGUUGUGUGCAAAAACCAAUUCCGUAUCUUUUCAUCUUAACUUCCUAUCACGUUUCCCAGAAGCCACCAACAAAAAAAAAGUUGAAUUCACCUAUAUUACACAAAUUUCCAAAAAAAAAAAACACUAACCCAAGAUGACUCUGAGAUAUCUAUUGGCUACAUUGAGCCUCUUGAUGGUCUUGCUGGGAGUAGAGAGUGUUAUCAACCAUGUACAGUCAGAUCUAACCAAAUUCCCCCCCUUGGAAACCGUCAAGAUGUGGAAUUUGCUCUACUACAACUUCCCACCCCAUUGGCCUAGCAAUGAUCGAGAAUUCUUCAAUCCUGAACAAAUUGUAGCGACAGGAUUUGAGGUGACCUACGACAGAAUCUUCUUCUCAACACCACGUCUCUUCUCUGGUGUUCCAGCUACUCUCAGUACGAUCUCUCGUAUUGAUCAUGGGGACUCCCCUAUCCUUAACGCCUAUCCCGAUUGGAGUCACCAUGCAGCUGGAACCAAGAGCUACAAUUGCAGUGACAUUGGCCUUGUUUCGGUCUACCGAAUAAAGCUCGAUCGGUGCAAUCGACUCUGGGCCCUAGAUUCAGGUGUCUCACGAUCCCUGGAGGACUUCGAAGUCACCUGUCCACCAAAGAUUCUCAUCUACGACACCGAAACUGACAAUGUCGUCCGUCGAAUUGACUUCCCUUCGGAAGUAAUCCGCGGAGAAUCCCUCUACACCAAUCUCAUUAUCGAUGACACCACGUCAAAGAUUGAGAAUAACUGUGACGAUGUCUUCGUCUACAUUACAGACACUGUGGAACCGGCUAUUGUCGUGUACGAUAGCGGUAAUGAUGUGACGUAUAGGCUUUCCCAUCCGUCUAUGUACCCUGAUCCCGAUUUCGCCGAAUCCACCAUUCAUGAACAUAGGUUCACCCUGAUGGACGGCAUUGUGGGCAUUGCCUUUGAUCGUGACGCCAAUAUGAUCUACUAUCAACCUCUGGCCACUGAUCGGCUGUUCUCCGUAUCAACGGCUGCCCUACGAAACGGACCACUUUCAUGGGGUGCCGAACUCCCAGUAAAACUCGUCGGGAGGAAGGCUUCACAGGGCUUAGGUCUGGCAUGUGCUCCAAAGGGCGGAAGUAUAUUCUUCAGUCCUUUCACAUCAACAGCCAUCGGAGAAUGGAAUCCGAACAACAAUCAUCAAGAUACUAUCGCCUAUGACGCUGAACGUCUUCAAUUUGUGGCCGAACUCAUGACACCAUCCCGUGAUCCUGGAUCUCUCUACAUUCUUUCGUCCAAAUUCCACCGAUUCUACCUCAAGAAUCUCGAUCCAUCAGAAGUCAACACAAGGCUUCUCCGAAUCAGAGGAGCCGUCUACGAAUCUCCAGAUGAUUCUGAAUUCCUUCCAGCAAUCCAUCAAAGCUUUCCAACAAAUCUUCCCUUCAGAACACACAGUUUCCCAACCGUUCCUUCAACAAGUCUCCCCUACAAAUCCCGUGCAGUUGGACAAAAGAACACCUACGUCCUCAAUCAUCCCUUUACGCCAGCUCACUCUGGACGACCUACGUCCUACAUUGAGCGGUACUUUGGCAGUUUUCACCAUGAAACACCCUACAACUACGAAAAUGUAGGUGUGAUCAAUAAGCAAGUGGCUAGUCCUUUCGCCAGACUCAAUAUGGGAGAGAAACCCCUACAAGUUCCAUCACCCAGUUCCCUCCAAGAACUCCACAAGUUCGACGGUGGCAAUGUUCUCUACACCACAAAAAUUGAACACCAUCGAGGUCCUCCCAAGGAAUAUCGUGGAUUUAGAUAUACCAGACGCACAUCACGUCAAGUCAUCAACAACAGCACAACAUUCUAAGCAAAAAAGAAACCCUUGUAUAUAGUUCUAAAUAAUGAGAAGAGUAUCCCGCGAAAAUGUCAUCGGUGUCGUUGACAUUGAAAUCCGUGUGUUCAGACGCUAAUACUAUUUAUUGAGAUUUUAAAUGUGAAUGAGCAAUAACCCAGUGAUUUGAGAGUGUUAAUCGACUCAUCACAAAUUGAGAGACAUACCAAUUGACUCUCCCAAUGUUUAUUUUGCCAUAGUUAACGCAUUUUAGAUGUAUUCUUUUUUUGUAUAAUUUUGUAUAGUUUAAAAUAAAUAAAACAUAUCAAUAAUUUUGCAUCAUACUAUAAAACCACAAAAAAUUUUGUAUACAUUUAGGCGACUUUUGUACAUAAUGUUCAUAUUUUGUGUAGCAAAUAAAUAAAUAUAAGAUCAUAAAAACAAAAACAAA